ACGCAUAUACUACAACAAUAUUUUCAAUGCUUCUCGCUUUUUCGCAAUAAUCCGAUCUCAUACUUGACCUCGACCGUGUAGCACAAACUCGCGAUCGUAUACGCCAAGUCGAAUCGCGUUUUCCGCCAGUUCCAAACCGUUCGUUAAACUAGCCCAGUGUAUUCUUACGUAAUCUCUACGAAUUAAGUUAUCGAAUCAUUAUUUGGUCGAUUAAAUAUUUCGAAAUGAAAUAAAAUUGGCGAUUAUCACGGGCUCGGUAAAUUCGAAAUCGAAAUUCUGUUUGCUGACCGAGUUUUACCGAAGUUGGUAAUAGCACGUGGUCCAUAUUUCGAUUCAGAUCUCGGUUAAUUCCUUCUUCAGUUUAGUUUCGUUUUCGGUAGUGAACGGCCGGUGGAUAAUUCGUGUGAAUGUGAUUGUGCACCCUUCGAAUGGGUUUUUCAUGUUAUGGAUUUUUUAAAUUACGUUUUGGGGUUGUUUAAAGAGAAUUUAUAUUGUUAUGAUGGACUGUUGGAUGCAAGACGUGGUAUCUAUGAUGACUGACAAUCUGGACGGGGAAGUUUCGACCGGUUGCGUCCCCCAAAUAAAAAAAGAAUUAGAGGGAUUCCAGGAUUGUUCGCCGUCACAUAGCGAUAUGUAUUCACCCACUACGACGACGACGACCGUUUUGAAUGAUGGUAGCAUCAAGUCUUCGAAUAGCGAGGUAGAUUUUCACGAAAAAAAUUACGAGAGGAAUAUCAGGUCACCUAGUAGCCCAGAAAGGCAGUACUGUUCGUCAACUACUCAACCACAUACAGAUUCAGGGAUAGGACAUAUAGAAGGCGAAAUUAAAGAAGAGGACUCCCCUAGACGAUUAUGUCUGGUUUGCGGAGACGUAGCGUCAGGAUUUCAUUACGGAGUCGCUUCCUGCGAAGCCUGCAAAGCAUUUUUCAAAAGGACGAUACAAGGUAACAUUGAAUAUACGUGUCCCGCAUCUGGUGAAUGUGAAAUCAACAAACGUAGAAGGAAAGCGUGCCAAGCUUGUAGAUUUCGAAAAUGCCUUCGAUCCGGUAUGUUAAAGGAGGGCGUUAGAUUAGAUAGAGUCAGAGGCGGUCGACAAAAAUACAGAAGAAAUCCAGAUAGUCCGUAUCAAGUACAAGUGGUGACCGCUCAAAGACCUCUACUUCUUCUAGAGGAUAUUAAGAUGCUCGAAGCGCUAUCCGGUUGCGAACCAGACUGUUUCGAAAUCAAUAAAGCCCUGGAUAAUUCCAAACAACGCACCCUUUCCAUUUUGAGCGAUUUGUACGAUAGGGAAUUGGUAGGGAUCAUCGGUUGGGCCAAACAGAUACCUGGUUUUACGGAUCUGUCGUUGAACGAUCAAAUGCGAUUGUUACAAAGCACUUGGGCCGAAAUUUUGACUUUAACUUUGGCUUUUCGCAGUUUACCAUCGAUUAAUUUGGGAAGGUUGCAAUUCGCCAUCGAUUUCAGUCUCGAUGAAAAAACUUCGAGGGAAAGCGGAUCUUUAGAACUAUAUCAAACUUGUUGGCACGUCGUCGAAAGGUUAGACAAACUAUCCAUUUUGAAAGAAGAAUAUUAUCUUUUAAAAGCUUUGGUAUUAACGAAUUCGGAUGUGAAAUUGGACGAAUAUCAAUCGCUUAAAAAAUUUAGGGAAACUAUUCUGACCGCUCUAUCGGAUACGGUUGGCGUAUUGAGGCCUACGGCUGUCCUUAGUCAAGUCCAGCAGCUCCUGUUGUGUCUGCCUGUUUUAAGGCAGGCGAAUUACGUUAUCCGGAGGUUUUGGUCGGACGUACAUCAAAGAGAAUUAGUACCAAUGAAUAAAUUAUUUUUGGAAAUGUUGGAAGCGUAUUGUCGGUAGCCUCGUUGAUAAACAUGAUGAUGGAAUUCGACGUUUCGAUCAGUGAAAAUUAUCUGCCAUUUAGACGAUACUAUCUCAGGGUCGAAGAGAAAAAUUUAUUUUUUAAAACGUUGGAAUUCAUAUUUUUUUCAUGUUGCCACCUUGUAUUUACUACAGGAAAAUUUGUAGUAAAAUAUUGAAAAAAAUAAUUAGAUUGGGGUGAAUUACGAAAGAAUGAUUGUAUAAAUUUUUUAUUAUGUUAAUCAAUCGGAUAAUAAAUAAUAAACUAUCCGAACUAAUCCUUCAUUGGAAAUUAUUUUCGUUAUAAUAUUUUUGUGUAAUUCGUACAUAUCAGGAUUAGAUAAAAUAAUAAACAAAGUUUUAUCCUUUUAGAAUCGUUUCAAGAUUUUUUUACUACUAUAUGAAUAUUAUAUCAGUAUAUACAGUUUGAGGUAUCAUAUACACAGUGACCCAAAGAAUUUAUUUCCACCUGCAGCUCUAAGGAGGAUAUCCGGUGUUUUUUUAUCGAUUCUUCACCCCCAGGUGUAAAUUGUCGUACUAAAACAAAACGCGAAUAGAUAUUACAUCCUCCCUCUAGCAAAAUCUGCAUUUUUACCUUCUUCUAAACCUAAUGUCCAUCGAGUAAAGUUCCGAAAAGACUCUUAUUGAUUAUUAUUCUUAUUAAGGUUGAAAGUUUUUAUAAAUCUUUAUUAUAUCUUUACAGGAGUAUAUUUCCCGCCUUAACUCCUAUAUAUUCUUCCGGUAACUGAUCUACCUUCUUCAUUUGCUACGAAGGGGUUAAUUAGAGCUUUAAUGGCUGCUUGGUUAUCAGAUAAAUUGAAUUUCUUGUUGUUAGAUCGUUUUUACUACUAGAAAUAGUUUUUUGAUGUGACAUCCUGGUUAUUUCAACUGUUGAAGAACUUCUACAGGAUUUUCCAUCUUUAUGGCACAAUACAACUUUUAUCAUCUUAGUUUGACUUCAUUACAUUCUAUAUUUAUGUGUAACCAACCAUAUCUUUGAAACAUAUUGAAUUAAGUCGCAUUCUGUUGUUUCAAUAUUAUUUUAGGGGAUUUACCGAUGUUAUUAGAUCAUUUUUACUACUAGAAAUAAUUUUAUUGAAAUAACAUCCUGGUUUUUUCAAUUAUUAAAGAACUUCUUCAGAAUUUUUCAUCUUUAUGGAACAAUACAACUUCUAGUUUCUUCGUUUGACUUCAUUACAUUCUAUAUGUUUGUGUAACCACCCGUAUCUUUGUAACUUGUUAAAUUAAGUCACAUUCUGUUGUUUCAAAAUUAAUUUAGGGGAUGUACCGACGUUGUUAGAUCAUUUUUACUGCCAGAAAUAAUUUUUUUGAAGUGACAUCCUGAAGAACUUCUACAGGAUUUUCCAUCUUUAUGGCACAAUACAACUUCUAGUAUCUUCAUUUGACUUCAUUACUUUCCGUAAUCUUGGACCAUAUGGUUAUCUAAGAAUUCUUCAGUAAAUUACUCAAUAUUUUUCAAUCACCAUGUAUGUUCUUCUUUUCUAUAAUAUAAAUUCUUGUUACUGAUCCUUUGACAUUUUUUCCCAUUUAUUUGAUGUCAAGUUAAAAUUCAAUCACAUCAUUUGCAAUAUUUCAAUAUAUUACAUCAGGGGUGCUCAAACUUGAACUGCUGGCGAUCUACCUCAAUAUUUUUAGACUACUUACGAUCGACUCUGAGAGGCUGCAAGUAUGUGUGAUGCAGGGUUGUACAUACACGAUACACCCUACCUACCUAGGUAGGGUGUACCGUAGCAUAUAUAGAUAUUAGCUUUCUGCACAAUAUAGGUACAUUAUUUUAGUCAAGGUUUGGGUUAGGUUUAGUUAGGUUCUUCUCUACAAUAUCAAUGAAAAAACUCAUAGUUAUUCAAAAUUGCGAGUUUAUUGGUUGUUACAAAACAAAAGAGUUACAUAUGGUGUUAAACCUAACUAAAGAGUGGCUUUGGAUGUUGAAGCGUGGCACUGCAUGUCCUCAGCAUACUUUUCAUAAGAUGGUACGUAACUACUGAGUGCUAAUCGCAAGCAUGAUGACAUAUGAUCGUCAGUUAGUCGAUUGCGAUAUUUUGACUUAAUUAUCUUCAUUUCAGAAAAUGCAGACUCGCACAAGUAAGUUGACCCAAACAAUGCCGUCAGUUGAAGGGCGAUUUGCCUUAGAUUCGGAUAUUUAUCUUCAGAUAUAAAACAUCAGAAAUUUGUAUCAGAUGCUUUAGCUUUGAGAUGUAUAUCUGAUAUAAUCUGCACCAACUCAUUUUCAACAGAACAUGAGUUCAUAUUAAACUGACUUGCUAUUUCAGUAGCUAAUUCCUCAAUGUUUUUACAUGAAAAAGGAUAACUCAUAAAUGAUGCUAUAUUUUCCAAUUUACUGCAAUCAUAAAAACGCAUUUCGAAUUGUCCCAAAAUAUUUGAUAAUUCAGCCUCAUACGUAUCAUAAUUAAACUGAGGAAUCCUUGCUUUCAAAGACGGAAAAUGUUUCAGAUCCUUUCUUUUCAGUUGAUCUAUCAUAAGCUGCAAUUUACUUUUGAAUUCGUUUACUACACUAAUCAUCUCAAUAAUAGUUUUUCCUUUACCUUGAAGCUCCAAGUUAACGAUGUUUAAGUGCAUUGUGAUGUCAGUCAAAAUGCCAAAUCAGUCAGCCUUUUUCCGUUUUUCAAAAUCUGAGUGUCAUCACCUCUUUCGUCUAGAAAAGCUGUUAUUUCGGGCAAUAAUUCUUGAAACCUUUGUAGGAACUUUCCGCGACUCAACCACCUGACGUCUGCGUGAAGAACUAAAUCAGUGUGUUCAGCUGACUCCCUAUCUUCCAACUGCAACUGAAAGAGCCGCCGUUGCAAGCUACGUGCACGGAUGGAAUUCACAAUUUUUGUUGCAAUGCCCAUAAUUUCCUCCGUGUUUAAAACUUUGGAUCACAAAACUUGUUGAUGUAUAAUGCAAUGGAAUGAAAAAAAAAAAAUAAAGGGAAUUCUUCAUUAGCUCGACACAAUGCCCCAAAACCGUUUUUGUUUCCAGUCAUUGCUGGUGCUUCAUCGGUUGUAAUGCACACUAAUUUAUAUAUUGGUAGCUCGUAAUUUUUUACAAAAUUAAAGAAAACUUCAUAUAUAUCUUCGCCACGGGUCUUCCCCUUCAGAGGAAUGAUUGUCAAAAAUUCUUCUUUAGCCGACAUGUCAUUGAAUACCAUCCGAAUAAAAAUACACAGCUGGGCAGUGUCUGUCAUAUCGUUGGAUUCGUCGAACUGUAAAGAAAAGUAUUUACAUUCCAUGAUAUCAUGUUUUAGUUUAUCUGCGAUGUCCUGACUCAUGACUUCAAUACGCCUUGUGACAGUCGGACGAGAUAACUGAAGUUCUCUAAUAGCAGACAUGAUUUCUGUUUUAUUUUUAAAAUCUCCAAAUAAAGUCUCAUCCGCUUCAAUAAAUGCUUUCUUCACCACCGAUCCAUCUUCGAAUGGUUUCUUGUGUUUCGCCAAUAUAUGAGAUAUUUUAAAUGACGCGAUCGUAGUAGCUUUUGAUUGUUUGGCUGGUCUUGUGAACAUGGUUUGUUCUUUUUUCAAACAAGAUAUAAAAUCACUUACUUUUCGUUUUCUUAAUUCACUCUGUGGCGGAAAAUCCUUUUGAUAGUUUUUGUGAACCGUUUUAUGAUGCCUCUCUAAGAUACCACGCUUAGGUAUUGCAACUGACGCACGACAAAUAACACAAAUGCACUUAUCCUUCACCAUACAAAAGAAAAAUUCUUCCUCCCAAUCCUUAUUAAAAUGAUACGUUUUAAAUUUCUUCACUGCACUCAUUUUCCACUAUUUAAUAAUAAACUUUGUAUAGACGUAGUAUCGCUAUCAAGUUACAAUUCAGAAUGACUCCAAUUCAUGCAGGCGCAACAUUUAUAUCGGCGUUAAAGAAAGUCUCGAAUGUUCCCGUCAAACGCGCCGCCCGAAACUAGACAGUACAGCCUAGUCUAGAAACAACGCGGGUUCCUUUGAUAAAGCCGCCUUUUGCCGCAAGCAGUGUUAUUUUAUUACGUAAUACAUUUUUGUAGUUUAGUUACCUACUUACUUAUUAAAAAUUUUUUUCUUCUCGAGAACUACUCAAAAAGCACUCGCGAUCGACCGUUUGAGCACCCCUGUAUUACAUUGUAAUUAUGUCCAUGAUUUUUUUGGGAGCUUAAAAAUUUUGAAAAAUGAUAUUUGGUGCACAAAUCAUUUUUUAAUUGUAUUACAAAUUUUAUACAAUCAUUCAGUGUGUGUCUAAAAUCAUUCCUAAGUAUCCUGUGUCGACAUCAAACUUGUUUGUGAUGAAUAUUAAAGGCUGUGAAUACCCCCCCAGAUCAAUAUAUGUGUAUUUUAUUUAAGUUGGAAAUAUAUAGAUAAAAAAAGGACAUUUAGCAACGAUAUAAAGUACCGUACAGGUGAAGUUUGAACUUUUCAGCUUUCGAUAAGAGUUUUUUGCUACAACUUGUAGGUAUAUUGUUACUACCUAUCAUUUUUUUUGUUUUUAUGUUGUAUGCAGCUUUUUAGUUGUUUAUGAUUUAAUCGAUUAAAUUAUCAAAGUUCAUUCGAAAACUUUUUUCUUAGAUACGUUCAUCUUGUAAAAAUAUAUUCAAAACUCCUCGACUACUUAGAAACCUGUUUCAAGCCAUCGAAGUCCUGGUUCCUAUUAAACGAACUCUUUUAGUCCUUCCAUCAGUCCUACAACCCUCGAUUAACCUCUAUGAUGAAUAGGAUCGUAGAUGAGAAGAAUAAGGGAUCUUAAACUGACUGGAAUUGAAGUUUAUCAUGUUUUCUUGUUACAAAUUGAGUGAUUCCGGAAAAUGCAGAUCCUCUAUUACCAUAAUGGUUGCAAAAACAAUUUUUUUUCAUCAAUAAAUUCGUUUUAAAAUGGAAGAAAUGAUUAUACAGUUGUUAAUUAUGAGUCUAUCCUAGUGACUAGAAGCUUUUCAUCCCCUUAGAAACAUGUUUCAAGUCAUUGUAAUCCUGGAUCCUAUUAAAUGAACCCUUUUAGUCCUUCGAUCAGUCCUACAACCUUAACCUCUACAAUAAAUAGGAUCGUAAAUAAGAAGAAUAAGGCAUCUUAAACUGACUGGAAUUGAAGAUUAUCACGUUUUAUACAGUCAAACGCUUUUAGAUAGUCGAUGAAUAAAUUUUUUCACAUCCCCGGUAUCUACGAAUAUUUUAUAUUUUUCAUAAUCACCGUUUUAAUCGAUUAAACUUAUAGGUUUAAAUAUUUAUAAUUGUGUACACACGCCUCAUAUUAUUUAAUUUAUUUUUUUGGCAUUUUUAGAAUGUCCAUAUUUACAUGUAUGUUAAAUUAGAUCUAUUUAAAUCGCCCCCGUAUUUAAUCUGCAAUUCAAUUAUUUAGUUUUUCAUUGAAAAUUUUUAGUUUUUAUUAAAUAUAUUCGUUACAAUAAAAAUAAAAUCAACAUAAAUAAAGAAAAAAAAUAUAUUUUUAAUAACACCCUAUGUUUACACAUAUUUUUCUAAAUAAAAUUUUUUUUCUAAUCGUUAUUAUACGAGGGUGUCAAGAUAAAUUACUUAUAGUUCCUAUUUUCCUUUAAAUCGGUUAUUAUACGAGGGAGUCAAGAUAAAUAACAUACCGUUCUUAAUUUUCCUAUGGUGAAAGCGUUUAUGGUAAAACUAAGAAUUUUCAUGUGAUUGUUCGAAGGAUCGUUGCAAAUUUUCUUGUAGAAUUUCGGGGAAAAAGGAAAAAAAACGUUUCCAUCCAUUUUUAAAUUGAUUAUAUCGAAAAACCAGUGAUAGAAUCGAGGGAAUUCUCUAUUUCGAUUUUAGUUUAUAUAAAUUUAGACGUUAGGUAAUUGUGUAAUUUCUUUCUGGACGAUAAUAAAGAAAACUUCAAGUUUCCUUUUUUUUCUUCUAUCAAUUAAAAGAAAAACCUCGAAAUAUUAACUGUUUCAAGUUGAUUUGUAAUAGAUUAUUUAACAUUAUUGAAAUAAAGCUUAUUAUGAA